AUGGCGGAAGAAGUUCUUAGUGAUGCCCUUGUGAAUGACCUUUCCAAGCAAAUUAAUAUAAAACUUUAUCCAGUCAGCGAUUUUGCCGUCGAUCUGGGCUUCGAUUUCGUCGCCGCAAGCGCAGCGGAGGAGCUGGCAAUUCACAAACAGUGUCCGCAGGGGAAAUACGAGCAUCUUCUACAGAAGUUUGUCGCCACUCACGGUCGGAGUGUGGAAGGUGCUCAAGAUCUCAUCGAUAUUUUCAAACUUAACGAGAAGAAGGACCUUGUCAACUUUUUUGAAGAAGCCAUCAAAAAACAAAAGGCCGUGAUUCAGUCUGGACGUAGACAAGAGCCUGGACCGGCAAAGGGACAGGGGCAGACAUGGACUGGUGCGAGUGCCCGGAACAAAUGGAAAUUUGUAGCAGGUCUUAGCUGCUUGGUUGUAGCUCUUUUGGCUAUUGUGGCGGCUUGCAAUAAUCUAAUCCCUGAACCGGGAAAAUGUGCAAAGUCACUCUGUCGGAAUGGAGGCACUUGCCAUGAGCUUCACGGGGAGUACUCCUGUACAUGCAAAUCUGGCUACGGAGGCAACAACUGUGAGACAGAAUACAUAGCAGAAACCCUCAGCCUUGAAGAGUUGCAAGACACAUUACGGAGUCACUAUGAGAAAAAUAUCUUUAAAAUUCCCAUCAAGCCGUGGGAUCGAUACGAAGACGUUGACUUAAAGAAAUACUACACAACCGUCAGCCUCUACAAAGAAGACAAGAAUAAAAUUCCGGACAAACCCUUACAGAAGUCAAUUUUAAAUGGAUCAGUCAACGAUAUAUUCCGGACUAAAGUUAAUGGAUCUUUGCCAGAAAGAAUUGUGUUGUUUGGGGAGGCUGGCCGGGGGAAAACAACAGCUGUAGCUAAAAUGGCUUAUGAUUGGGCCAAUAAAAAUGGAGCUUCUCCUUUGAAAAAUGUGAAGUUGCUCUUUGUAUUCAAGAUGAGAAACAUGAAUGCCAAGACAGGAAUAACCGAAGCAAUUGUUCCGUUGCUUGGAAAGAAAUACGAGAAGUACAUAAAAGAGCUUGAAGAGUAUAUCGAUUCCCAUGAGAAGGAUAUUGUCAUGCUCUUCGACGGUUAUGAUGAAUUUAGUGGAGAGCUAAAUUGCAGGGAUAACAUAAGUUACGUCAUUGAUAUAUUGUGUGAGGAGAGAUGUAGGCAAUGUCGGGUCUUGGUAACAUCUCGGCCCGUAAGGAAAAAAGACUUCUAUUCGAGAAGUUUCUACUACUCCAAGAUGGUAAUAGAAGGAUAUUCUCAACAGCAUGCCACAGAUUUCAUCGACAAAUUCUUUCCACCCAAUGAAACAAAAGCAACAGAACUGAAGAAAUAUUUGGAAGAAGACAUCGUUACCAACGAAAUGAUUGCCACGCCCCUUUUUUGCACCAUGGUGUGUUAUUUGUGGAAAGAUGGCUAUUUUCAUGGAAAAUCCACCCGAACGAAACUAUUUGAUGACAUCAUGGAUCUCUUGAGGAAACACCUGAAUGCCAAGCAUGAGCGAGAUAAAGAUAUCGAGCAAGACCUGCUCAACAGCACACUUGUUUCAGUUGGGCAAGUUGCCCUUAAAAAAAUGAUGAGCACGAAGGAUCCGAAUCCAUUGGUGUUUAGUGAGGAAGAUUUUAGUGAAGUUCAUGAUGAUAUAUUAAACAUCAGCUACUCACUUGGUCUGUUAACAAAGAACAUUAAGACUGAUAACAAUAUUAUCAUCCACAUUGAAUUCUUCCACAAGUUAGCGCAGGAAUAUUCAGCAGGAAGAUAUCUCGCAAGUGAACUCGAAAAUGGAAGCAUCUACAAUAUUGUCCUUCAUGAAGCCUUUAGCCUACAAGAGAUCGUCCAGUUUGCAUCAGGGACAUCGGUUUUGGCGUGCCGAAUUAUUUUGGAAUCUCUCAUUGAUCACUGUUCCAGUUACGAAUGCCUCUACCAUCCCCUCAUCUUAGAUGUCAUCAGCGAGACAGGAACUUGUGCAGAUGAUUCUGCAACGUACUUGGCACGUUUUUUUGAAGAUGGAAAACUUCAACUGCGACAAGUUUAAGCAUCAACAGUGGUUGGAUUUGAGACACUACCAGGAUCUGUUAAGAAAAAGGUUAUAGCAUAGAGAGGGGGAAUGGGGAAGGUACGAGACGCAAAUAGAAGGGGGAUGAGAUGAGAGGGAAAGAAAUGAUGAGAUAGGGAGAUAAAGAGAGAAGGGGAACGAUGAAGGAAAGAAGAGAAUGGGUACGAAUCAAAAGUUUAUCAUAGUCUAGCAUGACCAGUGUUGUCCACUUCUCUAAAUUUAACGAAAUAAAUACCAUACUCUCAAAAAACCUCAUCAAAUAUUGUUAUCUCUAAGAAAACUAUCCUAUAUCCUAUACCCCUAUGAUUACUGUGUGGUAGUAUCGACAUUUGAACGCUCUCAAAAGAACUAUUAUAAUUUUAUAAAAAAAAGACACAAGGUAAAUUUAUUUCUACGAACAAUGUCGUGUUUUAUAGUAUCAUUUUAUUGCAAAUACAUGUAUUUGAUAUCUAUCUGCAAUAAGGAUAACUGUUUUAUGUGGUUUCAUUUUACAGUGUUUUAUUCGGAAGACGAAUAAAACUUUAACUUUAGAUGACAACAGUACUGCCUUUUUGUCGAAGAAAUGACACCGUAUUCAAGUUUGGAAUUCGGUAACAGACUGUUUCCGGCAGUAAAUUUCCAACCAGUAGAAAAUUCUGGUCUAGAUUCCAUUUACUCAACAUCAAACUUUUAAAUACCUUUUUACUGCUAUAAUUAUGGUUAUACGUUAAUUGUAGAUCACAAGUAUUGACAUCACUGGAACGACUGAUGACUUAUUUGUGAGACUAUGGAACAGCAUGCAUACUUGUAUCCACCUCACACAUAUCGAGAUGUAUCGGGAUGUUCCACCGACCAUCUCACCUCUGAUGGAGCCCCUGUACUCUGUCACCAGCUUCACCAUUGUUCUAGAUCCACCUGCAGAUGACUACGUUGCGCAAAUCAUGGCGUUCCUUCCGAACAUCCGGGAGCUCAUAAUACACUGCCACUCGAUCGUGUUACAGGUUUACAAAGUAUCUACACGUAGCCUCUUUUCCAGUAAUUCAGGUUGUAAACUUUACAGAAGUACAGUUCUAUCUGUAGUUUUGUUAGAUAUUUCGUUUUCUGUCUAGGAAUAAAUACAUUGGUCAUUGUGAUGUACAAUCAAAAGUAAUGUUACAAAAGUCCCCCAUAUUUGAUAAUUUACAUAAAUUAACGCCUCUGCUCACCAAACACGACAUACGGCACACAACAAAACGACAUGACAAUACGCCAUGCCAGACGGCAAACGACUACAAAAAAACGUUCACAUCUACACGUGUGUCGUGUUUUGUGUGCAGAGGCCUUAAAGCCCCACUGCGCUACUUAUAGCUACUUGCGCCGUUUAUACAGCCAACAAUUCCUAAGCGGUACCCGUUGAUCCCCCAUGAUGCCCUUUGUAUUAUGUUAUCGGUAAUUAAAAGCUAAUUUGAUGAGAUAACUACCUGUCAGUGACCUUGCAGGGAGGUCUAAUCCAUUCAUGCCAAACUAGUGCAGAGGGGUUUUAAGACUUUAAGACUAAAAUUGGUCUGAUAUUAUUUGCAUAGUUUUCGUACCAUUUAUACAUCAUUGAUAUAGUACAAAUAACAAAAUUACAAAUAAAGCUCUCCAGGGAGUUGAGAAUGUGCAUAGUAUUAUUAUAUUCAUUA